UUUACAAAUAUUGUCAGGCAUUUGACAGCAAAACCACUCAAAACGUCUUGCAAGUUUGCUCUUGAAUACACGAUCUUGUAAAGUUGACGCCUCCUUAGCAAAUUUACAUAAAAAGGAUUAUACAGAUGUCUAUUCUUAGCUGACAGACCAGUAGCAAAAGGAUGGCUGAUAAUGGAGAAACGGAGAAUAAACCAGGAAGUCAGGUGAGCACUGCUGAAACAAACAGCAGUUCAGAAAAGCCUGAAUCGUCAGAAAGUAAUACAAAUGAUACAGGUACGCAUCAGGCAAAUAGUUCUCCCCAAAAAGAAUCAGAAAAGGUUGAAUCAGUAAAUCAGGAUAGACCUGAUGUAGAAAAAUCGCAGCAGUCUUCUAAAAGUUCAGAUAAAGGUUCCAAGGAAAGUGAUAAGUCAGAAUGUGAUAAAAGUGGAACCUCUGAACAGGAAGUGAACAGUGAUAAAAGUGAUACCUCGAGCUCUGAACAGCAAUCAAAAGACACAACAGUACCUAAUACAAGCAAGGAUACUACCAGAGAAGAGAAUGUGCCAAAUAAUACACCAGAUCAUGCCGAAGAAUCUGAUGAAGAUGAUGAAGGAAUAGGUCUUGGAGAUGGUGCCGAUAUGGACAGUGACUCAAGAAAUAAAAUGUUUGAGAAAGGACUGAAUUUUGAAAAAAGUGGAAAGAAAAAUAGAGCACUGAAAUGUUACUUGGCAUGUUUAACUGGUUUGAAGCAAGAUACAAGGUUUCCAUUACUUCCACAAUGUCUCAGAAAUAUUGCCGACAUAUUUUAUCAAAAAGAAGAAUAUGACAAAGCUGUUCAUUUCAUUCAAGCAGAAAAGGUAUAUUAUGAGAGUGCUUUGAUAGACACAACUGAUAUACAACAUAAGCUUGAGGAAGCACAGAUGAAGGGAGGCAGCUUACAACCAAACAUGACAACAGACACAGUAAGAGCAUCAGAGUAUGAACAUUUGGCUAGACUCUGUUUGGACAGGGAACAACCACAGCUGGCUUUAGAGUAUGCAGGAAAGGCUACAAAGUUACGACAGCAAGUUUUGGGUGACAAAGAUCCUGUCACUGUAGAAAGUCUGGACUUCUUUGCAUCUGUCUAUGCCAAGGUUGGAGCUGAACAAUACGAAGAAUCAUUAAAGAAGUUUGCUGACAAACCAGAUGAUAUUGAUGAUGCUGAGGGAUCACCACAGGCAGAAGAUGGGGAACAGAAGGAACCAGUAUCUAUUCUCAGAAAACGUAAAAAUAGUGAAAAAGAAAAGAAAGUCCACUUUGAUGAAUCACAGCUUCAGAGUAAUGAACAAAUACAGCAUGAGGAGAAGUUUGCCAAGACUGUAUUGUGGGCCUUACUGGUUGUCUGUUGUGUACUGCUGCUUAUCUUAGGAUUAUAUCUGUAUUGUAACCUGGUAGGAUCCAAUGCAUGUACCAAAUUAAAAUCUGAUCUACACUAUGGCUAUAUGAGACUGAAAUACUGGUAUUAUCAAUACCAGGCGGGACCUAAUGCUAAAUUUAUGUAAUUGUAUUGAAAAUUGUGCAAUUAAUCAAGUUUCAUCACAUUUUUGGACCAACUUUAUAACUUUAAUGGAGGGCUUUGGUUUUUAGGCACCAUGCCCUAACUUUUUUUCACAAAUUUUAAAUCUCAAUUAUGAAUGGUAUCUGAUAAGAGUACAUUUUUAAUAAUUUUUGGACAGUUUAGACCAUUUUUUAGGGACUAACAGAAUAUUUAUAAGAGAAGACAACCCUUCUUUAAAGUUAAAAAGUUGAUUCAUAACUAUCUACAUGUAAAUAACUGUCUGUCCACAUUGAGCAAGACAUUUGAAGAAAGAACUCACUGAUAUAACCUUCAAGUGAUAUGAAUGCAUGUUGCCCAUUUUAAUGUGAAGUACAAACUCAAUUAAUUUUCAUUAGAAUCUAUUUUGCAAUUUACAUGAUUUGCACAAAUAGUGUUUUUGCUCCACAUAAAAAGCCUAUGUGAAAAGCAUAAUUCAGAUUAAAGAAUUCAGUUUGUCAGCUCAUUGUGGACAUAUGGUAAAACACUAGUAGCAGUAUUAAAGGGCUGUCCUAUUUAAAGGAAUGUGGGAGGAUAGGAAAAGAAGGCUAUUUUACUAGGAUGUUGUGCCUAAAUGGUUGUAUGUCCAAUUGAUGUACAAUGGAUUCAUUUAUUUUAGUGGACACCAAUUUUUGUGGAUUGAGUAAAUCUUAUAUUAUCAAUGUGUACUUCGUUGAACAUUUAAAUUUGUGGGUUAUCCAUACCCUCAUAAUCCACGAAAAUGUGUAUUCCUUGAAUUAUAAUGAAUCCACAGUAUGCAAAAUGACAUGAAGAAAGAAUAUAUGUUGUUGGGAUGAUUUUGGAAGUCUCUUCCUACCCUCCCCAUCCAUUUUAAUGGAAUAGCCCUAAGAUACUGCUAUAUAAAAAAAGGAGAUGUACUAUGAUUAGUCUACUUUGUCUUAUGCUAUUGUAUCUCAGGGCUUUGUAUUCUCACAUCUAUAAAAGAAUGAAUCAUGUUGCUGAUAAUAUUGGAAUGUAAAGCACACUCAUAAUGGACUUGCAAAUUGUAUACAACUUUCGUAUCUUUUAAAAUGCCGUAUUAUUGUGCACAUUUUUUUGGAGUGAAUUGUUUACAACCAAAUGAGACCUUACAUUAUAAGCCAGGUUUGGUCAAAGGAGUAGGUCCGGUAAGGGCCGAUUUUGGCCUCAAAUUUCAAGUUCAUCUUACGAAAGAUUUUAGACACUUUUUAAACACUUAAAUGUCUAUUUCAAUUGAUUCGAUUAGUUUAUGUGAAAGAUUUUAACUGAUUUAGUCAUUAAAAAACACGCCGAUUCAAGCUUAAAUAUGAAAAAUCUAUCAAAUAUGCCAAAAAACGUCACUUUUCAGAUGGUUUUUGUCAAAAAUGAAAGUGGCCGCAUCCGUGUUCAUCCUCAACCUUUAUAUAUAUUAUGUAUUAUCAUCAAAUGCAACUUACAUAUUUCAAUAUUAUGAAUGAACACGAAUGCGGCCACUUUCAUUUAAGACGAAAACCGUCUAAAAUUUAACUAAAAUGCUAAAUUUUGAAGAUUUCAGUAAUUUAGCAUGACUUGAUGAUGUUAGCACCCGAUAUAUGUGCAUUGUAUUGUAAAAAACAGCCCAUAUUUAUGUAGCAGAAGCAUUCUUCUUUACAAUAAAUAGCUUAAAGAUUACAUUUUCACAAUUUUGUAAAACUGCUAUAUUUUGGGGCCAAAAAGGGGUCUUACUGAACCUACUCCUUUGAAAAAAAGUUUUCCAUACAAAUUUGUAAUUUACUGGCACAAAUUGAAUAAAUAUUUAUACAUUUAGAGAUGGUAAAUUUCCUAAUCUCUGGAAUCUGUACAUUAUUUAUAGUGUGAAUGCCUUGUGACAGGGGCUUUGAAGCUUGACUUUAAGUUAGAGAGUAGACUGCUGUUGAUUUAUUUAUUUAUUUAUUUUUGUUGGUUAUACUUUCCAUGGAUUGGGAAACAGUUGUACUUUUCUGGAUAAAACACAAACAGACAAAAUAAGAGUGAGCAAUCCCAUGUCUCCACUUUCUUUUCUAUGUAUCAGGCAUAUGUCAAAUGGUAUGCAAAAUAUAUUUUAAAUUCAAUAUUUUUUACACUAAUUUUUAGCUCAUUAUUCAACUUUUUAAACCUAAUACUAUACAACAUAUUGAAUAUUCAUGUUUUCCAAUAUUUUACCAUCAGUCAAAUUGUUCAGUCUUCCAAUUAUCUAUUUCAACUGCAAUAUCUAUUUUUUGUAAAUGCAGAAAUAUUUGUUUUGUUUUAAGUAUUUUUAUAAAGUGGAUAGUUAUUAUCCAUAAAAUGAAAACACUGAAGAAAAUUUUACCAUUCAAAGAAUAUUACUUUCAAUGACUGGAAACCAAGAAAAUUUAUCAGGCCAAAAAAAAUAAUACAUGUGUUUCCGCUAACGUGCUGAAAAAAAAUAGGGUAGGUAGCUAUAGGUAGGCAAUAUCAUUUUAUUUUACAAACAUUUUUUUUUUAUUUUACAAACAUUUUUUAGCUGGUUACUACUAGGGAAUCAGUCUGACUUUAACAGUGCUUGUUCCAAAAUGGCAUAAAAAGUGUUAGGGUAGGCACUAAAAAUUAGGGUAGGUAGGGUUAGCCGAAACACAUGUAUUAUUUUUUUUUUGCCUCAUCAUGACAUAGAAUUUAGAGAUAAAACCAUGAAAUUUUAACACCUCAAAGUUGAAUUGAUUAGUUAAGAAACAAUGAAGCUUGUUGAAAUUCUGAAAUUCCUAUUGGAAUUACUUUUUAAAGAGCUUUAUUGUCUUCUAUGUUACAGUGAUAUUUCUUUUUUUAUUAUAGAUAUUACUAGCUGUUUGUCAUAUAUUCUUUUCCUUCAUUAGAUGUGCUUUUGAACAGAUAUAUCAUGUUAUGGAGGGGUAUUUGCGAAAAAUACCAGUCAAGGGACUGUAAAAUUUCCCGAGACGCUAGGCGAGUGAAAUUCGGUCCCAAGACUGGUAUUUUUCGCAAAUACCCCUCCAUAACAUGAUAUAUCUGUUUAAUUAUACCGAAUAGAUUUGGAUUGAAACUAAUUCAUUAACAUGUUUAUGCAUAAUUUUGAGGAUAAGAGGAUAUUAUCAUAGAAACGCGGGAAUUAUACAUGUACUAAUACGUGUUAGCUCUCUUUUUUAUGUAACGUCAUAAUCGAAAAAUUUUGGCGGGAAAAUGCUCAAGAGGGUUAAAAAAGGAAUAUCCAAAAUGGCAAAUACCAUGGUAUUUGAGGCAAAUUCACCAGCAGUGGUGAAAAACAGGCAAAUUCGUUUGAAAUGAGGAAAAAAUAUUAGAAUAUGCGAAAAAUACACUGGCUAUCAACCAAUCAAAAUCUGGAUUUCUUAUAUAAGGUGUAAUUAUAAGAUUAAUACAGUUGUCCUCAAUUGAAAAUAUGCUUUAUUUCAGGGUUGGAGUGAAUCCCUAAAAAAUCUUUGGUACCCCGCUAACAAUUAAACUUUCACAGUAACUCCUAGGCCAUAGUGAAAAAAUUUUCAUGUUCAUUGAUUGAUUGAUUGUUCUUUUAGCUUUUUAUAUUUAAUAAAUUUAUGAUAUUAUGCAUGCAAUUUUCCAUUAGUCCACCUUUUUACAUUUAAAAGACAUAGUAAAGAAAUGUCAUUUGCAGCACUAAUUGAUUGAUUGUUAGUGUUUAAUGCCACUUUCAGCACUAUUUGCGUUUAUCAUGACUCAGUUUUUAUUUGAGGCAGAAUUGUGGGGAGAACCACGACUUGCUGUAGGAAAUCUGGUGAUCCUAGGCGGCAUUAAUUGAGUAAUAAUUUAGAUUUUUGUGACAAACAUUGCCUUAAGUUAUGAAAUGAUGUUAAAAAAGGUAUUGCUAAAUCAUGCCUCACCUACUGAAGUCAUCCAAGAAAGAAAGAAAUUGGAGAAUCCUUUCCCUAAUGGUUUUUACUUGUAUAAAAAAGCUUAAGAACUUUUAAAACAAAGGAAAAGAAAUUUUGUUGAUGUGGCCUAAAAAUCAAAGGUAAAAAUUAACAAAAUCAUGGAUUGAUUUUAAAAGAAAUGAAUGUUACUAAUUUUAAAAACGAAGGAAAUGAAAAUUUUGUUGAUAUGGCCUGAAAAUCAUUAGUGAAAAUUUACAACAGAAAGGAUUGAUUUUUAGAGAAAUGAAUUAGUUAUUUUUUAAUUUAUAUUAAACUUAAUUCUGUUAUGUAGAUAGUAGUGUUGUUGAAUAAUACAAUAAUUUAUAAUUUAACAAUUUUUCUUCAUAUAUUUACAAAAGCCAAACAUGAUACAUUUUGUAUCAUAAAUGGUUUGCAUUUAUAGAUAUUUAUUGUAAUAAUAUACAUGUUCUAAUUGCUUUUUUGAAAUAUUUUAUAGAAUUAAAUGGAAUCAUUAGUCAUUAAUCAUUUAUUGAGUUUAAUGAUUUAUAAAGAAAAUAUCUUCAUUUAUUAUACUUUUGUGAUAUUAUAUAUAAGGUAUAAUCUAUGUUACUUUCCCAUUUAGGAGGUGAGAAAAACAAAAAGAAACAUAAUUUGAAAAACAACUGUACAUGUUUACUGGAAAUAUUAGGCUUAAAGUUACAAAUUUCACUUUUGUAGUUUAAGCUUUGUUCAUAUAGAAAAUGAACAUUUCUACUCCCAAAAUGUUUCAAAAUUUUUAAAUAAGUUAUAUAUACACAGAAAUGAAAUUGAAAAAUCAAUUUUUUUUUAAAAAUUUAAACGACUUUGCAAUUGAUUAAAGAAUGAUCAUUAAAUCUGUUUAUAGUGUACAUUUGGCCUGUUAGAAAAUCUUUAUUCACAAAAUGCUACACAUUAGAUUUCCAUUGAACUGUAAAAAGUAAUUAAAUGGCUGACCUCUAUCUGUAAACAUUAAACUGUUUUACAAAAUCAAAAUUUUAGUAAAAUUUCAUACAGUGGAUUAAAAUCUAAUUUGAAUUUUUUUGACAUCUGAAUGAAUAAACUGCUAUUUAUUGUCAAAUUAUUGCAGUAGUUCUUCUUGUAAUUUCAUCCAUAGAACUCACACAUUUCAAUUCACAUUUAAGGGAUUGAAAUCAUGUGAUACCUUUUGCUGAUUGUUUGUCAUAGUUAUCAAUGUAGCUCAUACUAUUAAAACAAUGAUUUUUAUUUUCCAUGGAAGCUGGUCUUCUAUAAGUUUGUAAAUCAUUAAUAAAACUGUUAUA